UGUAGCUGGUCCUACCUUGAACUUACCACAAAUGGAUCAUACAAAGACAGUUUACAGGCUUAUGCUGCUGGAGUGCUGGAGGCUGCUGUCACACAAAAGUACAUUUAUAUGCAUUGGAUGAACACACUGUCUCACUAUUGUGGACCCAAGUAUCAGACUGCUUACUGUGAGAAACUUAAAAAUUAUAUUGAAUCCAAUCUGGCUUGGAUUGAAGAGCAAGUGGUCAAACAUGGGGAUAAAGCAUACUGGCAUCAGGUGAAAUUGGUACUACUACAGCUGCGAGGGCUAGAGGACAGCUAUAACAAUCAUAUUUCAUUUCCUCAUGGGAAGUUCAACUUUCGACCUUUUGGAUUCAUUCUUUUUCAGAUGGCUGGUGACUUGGAGGAUCUUGAAAAUGUAUUUAAUAAAACCGAUUCUUCAAAGGCUUUUGGUUCUGGGUCAUGUUCUGCCCUCAUCAAACUGUUGCCAGGCAACAAAGAUCUUCUGGUAGCCCAUGACACUUGGACUAACUAUCAGUCAAUGCUGCGAAUCAUUAAGAAGUACAAACUGUCCUUUAAAGAUGUUCCAAAAGGUGACAUUGCCAUACCAGGAGAGGAGCAGGUCUUCUCAUCAUAUCCUGGGAUACUAUUUUCUGCUGACGAUUUCUACAUCAUGAGCAGUAGAUUGGUAGCUCUAGAAACCACAAUAGUUAACAAUAAUGCACGUUUGUGGAAGUUUGUGCAGCCUGUCGGUUCAGUGAUGGAGUGGUUAAGGAACAUAGUAGCUAAUCGACUGGCUAAGAGUGGUGCGGAAUGGGCUGCAAUUUUUAGGAAUUUCAACAGUGGCACAUACAAUAAUCAGUGGAUGAUUGUGGACUAUAACUACUUUACACCAGGACAAAUUGAUAUUAAUAAGAACUUGCUGACAAUUCUAGAACAAAUACCUGGGCAAAUAAUAACAGCUGAUAAAACAAAUGAACUGAUGCAGAAGGGUUACUGGGCAAGUUACAAUGUACCAUAUUUUGAAGAGAUUUUUAAUGCCAGUGGUAAAGCAGCCCUCGUUAAGGAAUUUGGAGACUGGUUCAGUUACGAUAAGACUCCUCGAGCCCUGAUAUUCCGUCGAAAUCAGACUUUAGUUACAGACAUGGAUUCAAUGAUUAAAUUAAUGAGGUAUAAUAACUUUAAGAACGACCCUCUUUCCGAAUGUGUGCAAUGCAAUCCUAAAUACAACGGUGAGAAUACAAUUUCUGCUAGAUCUGAUCUAAAUCCAGCCAAUGGAACUUACCCGUUUUCAGCAUUAGGACAGCGUUCACAUGGUGGUACAGACAUGAAGGUUACUUCGUUUGAGUUACACAAAAACUACCAGAUGAUUGCAGUGAGUGGUCCAACAUGGGAUCAAGUUCCAGCAUUUCAGUGGAGCAAAUCCCCUUUCAGCAAGCUUAUGCACAAGGGACAGCCCGAUCUGUGGAAGUUUCUACCAGUAAUGGUGCAGUGGAACUGAAAACCUAAGAACAUUUACCAGAUUAAAAGAAAAGUAUUCUAAAUCGGAUUAAGCCAUUUAUGUUUAUCAUCUGCUUCACUUUAAAUAUUCUUGUUAACUUUAUGAAGUUGAUUUUUGAAUGAGAGUAAUUGUAAAUGUCUGAUCACCAUUUGUGGUGUAAAUUUUGCGAAAUAAUCACUAAGUCUUGCCGAAGUUUCAUUUUGAAUGCAUUCUUGCAUGAGCAUUGUUGUGUACUUGAUGAAAUUUUAAGUACCUGGUGUUCCACUUUAAUAUGAAGGAAGCAAAACUAUGUACAAAUUAAAGCUUAAGGCAGGGUUUCGCAGCCAAGGUAUUUUUAAAGCUAAUAAUCUGCUAAGUAAAAGGUUUGUUUUUUGAAGACUUUAGAUUUUGAUAACUUAAUGAACAAGAGAAAAUUCCACUCCCAGAAGGACUAUUACUUUUCACCCAGAGUGACCCCAUGGACCUGUAGUUGUGUAUCUGAUUGACCAUAACAAGUCGUGCAGGCUUAAUGCAGGCUGAGCUGCCAAAAUCACCAUGUCAUUAUUCUUUUGUCGAGUAGUCAAACCAAAUAAAAAUCCAGUUUAAGGUCAGUUGUUAAAGAACCAUGACAUUGGAGACACGUUGCACCUUCGUGUGACUUGUCCACCCAUAUGAUUGAUUAGUUGUCUGCUGGUAGACCACCCAACAAAAACAUUGCAACUGCAAUCAAAUUGCUGUUAACCUGAUUGGAACAUUACUUAAAACUUCAGCUUUUUAAAAAUGUUUCUUAAAUUCUACAUAACUGGUGCUAAUACAGAAAUUUGUACAUUACUUUUGAAUACAAAGUUGCUGAUUUAUUCUUGAGUACAAAGCAUGUUGCGAUGUUUAAAGUCAGUGAAAUUGGAUUUGUGCAUCAAAUCUGAGUGACCUGAUUUAACAUGGGGAAAUAUUAAUGUAUCUUUGCCAGGCCCUUCCCUUGAGCAAGUCUGUACCUUGCUAAUGGUAUCCAAAUUAUCUAUCAAUUUUCAUGUGUCAGGAAAAAAAAACUGGAAGGUAGAUGAUUGAUGUUGAUUUAGAAUACUUUCGCAAGCAGACCUCAGGUACCAAUACUGAGCUCAGAACUACUCUCAAACUAACAAUGCUUAAUUUCUGGUAGCAUUGUACCAGGGAGUGUAAUUCUUCAGAUGAAGUUAAGAGCAAGUAACAACUCUGCUAGCUAUGCAGAUGUAAUUUAAUCCCCUUUUAAAAUUCCUGUUAUAUCCUUUUACUUUAUAUAUAACCUAAUUAUAUUGUUUAGCGUUAAAAAGAACACUUCAUGGCAAUAUGGGAAGCAGAACCAUUGUGUUGGGUGGAGCCUAGAAAUUAACACUGCAAAUCAGAUGGAGAAGUGAUGUAAACCUUAAGCUUUCUAAAGAGCAAGAGGCUGCAAUUAAAGCAUGUCUGUCUCAUACACCUAGUUCUCAUUAUAACUGUGGCCAUGGGAAUUUAACUUGGAGCUCCACACAGAAAUAUAUUUGUACCAUGUAUCUAGUGUAAUCCUAUGUUAUACACUUGUAUUAUUCCUUCACUGGUACUGCUCAACCACAUGUGGAAUUUCAACAUUUGGUCACUAGCAAUUGCCAAUACGAAUCAAAAAGCAAAAUGCUGCUGAUGCUGGAAAGCUGAAACAAAAGCAAAAAAUGCUAGGAAAUAGUCAGUAAGUCAGGCAGCAUUUGUGGAGAGAGAAAGUAUUAACAUUUCAGGCUGAUUAACUUUUCGCCAUUCUGAUGAAAGGUUGAGAUAUAAUGAUUUGUGUCUUAAGGUUCUUGCGAAGAUUUGUAGCUCGGGUUGUGGAUGAAGUUGUUAGCUGGUUAUCGUAUACAAGUUUCGUCACAACGCUAGGUAACAACUUCAGUGAGGCCUCUGAUGAAGCAAUGUUGUUCUAGUCUGCUUGGUAUUUAUAUGAUCCGGUCUGCUAAGUUAGGUUGUGUCAUUUCCGGUUCUGUUCUGCAUGGGUUUAUAUAUGGGGUCUAAUUCUACAUGUUUGUUGAUUGCAUUACGGGUUGAAAGCCAGGCCUCGAGGAAUUCUGUGGUUGGCUUGAGCUAAGAUGGUCAUGUUGUCCCAGUUAAAUUGAUGGUCUUCAUUAUCCGAGUUAACUGAGAUGGGGGAAAGUUUGUUGUGUUGUUUUUGCUGCUAGCUGGUGUUCGUAUAUCCUGAUGGCUAGUUUCCUUCUGGUCUGGCCAGUUUCCUUCUGGUAAUGUUUGUUGCAGUCAUUGCAAGGUAUUUUGUAAACUACAUUGUUACUGCAUGUCAUUGGUUUUGGGUCUUUGGUCCUUGUGUGUGUUUGUUGUAGUGUGUCUGUGGGUUUGUGUGCUACCAUGAUUCCUAGUGGUUGUAGGAGUCUCGUUGUCAGUUCUGAUAUGUUCUUGAUACAGGGUAGUGUGGCCAGUGCAUUGGGCCAUACUGUGCCCUCUUGGCAUUGUCUAUCGAGUAGGCACCUGCGGAUGAAGUUAUUGGAAUAUCUGUUGUUAGCACGUACCUUGUGUAGGUGCUGUUUCUCCUUCCUGUGUAGUUCUGGCAUGUUGCAGUGAGUUGUGGCCUGUAUGAAUAGUAUCCUAACACAACUUUGUUUGUGGAUGUUGGGGUGAUUGCUGUGGAAAUUAAGGAUUUGUUCAGUGUGGGUUGCCUUCCUAUAGACUGUAGUUUGGAACUUCCUGUUGGUCAUGCAUUCUACCCAACAAAAAUAAAGACAGAAUCCCCCUUGUCCUCACAUAUCACCCUACCAACCUCGCAUCCAGCUUAUCAUUCUCUGCCACUUCUGCCAUCUACAAUCCGACCCCACAGCCAAAGAGAUAUUUCUCUCCCCAUCCCUACCUGCCUUUCAUAGGGACCACUCUCUCUGUGACUCCCUCAUCCGCUCCGCACUCCUCAUAAACCCCACCACACCCGGCACCUUUCCCUGCAAUUGCAGGAAGUGCUACACCUGCCCAUACACCUCUCCCCUCAUCUCCAUUCAGGGCACAAUACAAACUUUCCAUAUUAGACAGGGUUCACCUGCACAUCUGUCAACUUGGUCUACUGUAUCUGCUGCUCCCAAUGUGGCCUCCUGUACAUCAGUGAGACGAAGCGUAGACUUGAAGACCGUUCCGUAGAGCAUGUGCACUCUGUUUGCGACAAACGACAACACCCUCCGGUCACCAACUAUUUUAACUCCCCCUCCCACUCCCUGGGUGACAUGUCCAUCUUGGGCCUUCUCCAGUGUCACAAUAACACGAGGAGCAACAGUUCAUAUUCCGCCUCAGGAGCCUACAGCCCGAUCACCUAAACAUGAAAUUCACCAGUUUUUGAAAUCUCCCCACCCCCGGCCUCAUCUCAUCCCCAACCCUCCCUCUCAUCCCCGUCUCCUUGACCUGUCACAACCUGUCCAUCUUCUCUCCCACCUAUCCGCCCCAUCCAUCCCACUGACCAAUCCCCAUCACUCCCUACCUGCACUCACCUAUCACCAUCCACCCACCUUCCCCAGCCCUCCCCUCUAUUUAUUUCUGAGCUCUCUUCCACCUCCCUAUUUCUGACGAAGGGUCCCGAUCUGAAAUAUCAACUUUCCUGUUUGUCUGAUCCUGCCUGGCCUGCUGUGUUCCUGCAGCUCCACACUAUAUUGUCUCUGACUCCAGCAUCUGCAGCUCUUGCUAUCUGAGUUGAUUUUUCUCUUCCUCUUCUCUCGUAAAUAUGAUCCCUGUGAAAACAUUGAUGAUGAGUUGGUGUGUCUCUUCUAACUUGGUGCCUUUAACGAUGACAGAUGUAUCGUCCACGUAUUGGAUCCACAGUUUUGGCUGUAUGAGGGGGAAGAGUAGUGCGUUCCAGUCUUUGCAUGACUGCCGCUGCAGUAUGCCCCAAGAUGGGUGACCUCAUAGGUGUGCCAUUGAUUUGUAUAUUUGGCCAUUAAAAAUGAAGUGUGUGGUGAGACAUAGGUCCAGUAGUCUAGUAUGUCGUCCUUGCUGAUGGAGCUGUUUGGAGUCGCCGCUUCUGCUGCAUCCAGUAAUAUGGCAAGUGUUUCUCUGGCUAGGUAUGUCAAUGGAUGAGAAUAGUGCUGUGACUUCAAAAGAGACCUUAAUCUUAUCGUUUUUUUUGAGGUCCAACAAGCUCAAUGAUUUGUGUCUAAUUCACUGUACUUCCAGAAAAACCAACUUGAAGUUCUGCUGUUCUCUCCAACAGAAUUUCCAUUUGUCAAUUGUACUCUGUUCUCCUUCACUGCUUUCUAGUUUUCUUCUCAUGUCUGAGCCGCUCCCAUCAGAUGCUUUCCUUUUGUCAUUGUCCCAUCCAUCCCCUUGCUCAAAAUCUACUGUAUCAGUACAAGCAACAUUUAUUUCAGCCAACCACUUAGUUUGAAACUGAGUCAAUUUAGCCUAAACUGGGAAGGGGUGGUAUUCCCUUUUCCAGAAAGACAUGGGAACCGGUCGGGUCCCUGUGACAAGCUGAUGGUUUAUUUCACGCCAGCUCCCAAAUUUACUGAGUUAGCGCAUUCAGUUGUACAAAUUGCCGUUGGUGACAUUUAACUCUAGGGCUGCAAAGUACUAAUUAGAAGACAUCACACUGAACUUGAAUCAUUUAAAUUCAGAUUUUUAAAAAAAUAAAGUUCUUUUGAGUACAAGCCAAUACCCGGUUUCUGUCCUGAAGAUUGUUGUUGGAGCUUCUUUGCCAAGCUAUUGUGAUUGAGGGGUGUGUACAGUUACAACGUGUUAUUCACACACAUUGCUCUUCACAGCAGUUUCUUGCUAGUGGUCAACAAUAAGAGCCCAAAAGAUUAUUUUCUCCUGGCCUUGCUCAUUGUCACUGUAAUUUUACUCAUGGUCAUAUCCACAACCCUACUAUUAAUCUGUUAAUUUGCUGUCAUUGUUCUGACUGGGUCGAUGUCAGAUUGACCACUGCACAGUCACUGAGUUAUGCGAAGGUGUGGCCCUGCCCCUGAAAAUAAUUUGUGUUGCACCAAUGAAAUACCUGUAAAAUGGAAAGAAUGCGAACUAAUAUCUACCACCCAUGUCUCUUCGAGAGAGCAGAUUAAUGCUCAGUUAGGUGUUGCUAAUACAUUGUUAGUUGUUUUAGUACACUCUACAAGGAUUUUGUUUUGGUAUUUUCUACUGGUUGAAAUUCAAUCAUCUGUAAAAUGUUAAAAAUAUGCAGCUUUGACUAUGGGGAGAGCUGGGGUUUGGUAUCCUACGUCAUGUUCAGUCGGAGCAGAUUAAAGAUGCUGGCAGCAGCUCUCUCUUUCAAAUUGACUUUGUUUUUCCAGGGAUGUUUGUGAUUUGCUAUCAUCUUGCUGCCUCUCUUGAUCAAUAGACUAGUUAUAAUUUACUGUUGAGGUAGUACUGCAAGCCAUUUAAUUGAGUAAACUUUUAAGGUGACCAAGGACUUUUUUUAGUUAGAAUUACUAAGCUGUCAAAAGUGAUUUUAAGUUGAACUUGGCCAUGGACCUCUUUAUUUUUAGCACUUUAUUUUAAUUCCAAAUAUACAGAGCAGAUCCUGCAAUCUCUGCAUCUGAAAUGUUAGCCUCAAGAUCAAUGAGGUUUUCUCUGCUGAUGUCACUUUGCUAUCCAUGUAAUUUUAAGAAUAUAUAUUGAGACACAGUUGUCCAGAAUCUAGUCCCAAUAACAUUCCAGAAAGAAUGUCCAUAAGAUAUAGGUGCACAUUUGGCCCAUCGAGUGUGCUCCACCAUUUGAUUCGGCUGAUAUGUUCUCAACCUCAUUUUUCUGCUUUCUCCCUUUAACCCUUGAUCCCCUUACUAAUCGAGAACUUACGUAUCUCUGUCUUAAGCACAGACAAUGACUUGGCCUCCACGGCCUUCUGUGGCAAUGAGUUCCAUAGAUUCACUACCCUCUGGCUGAAGAAAUUCCUCCUCAUCUUGAGGCUGUGCCCUGGGGUUCUAGUCUCUCCUAUUAGUGGAAACAUCUCCAUAUUUUGUAAGUUUCAAUCAGAUCCCUAUCCUUUUAAAUCCAUCAAGUACAGACCCGGGUCCUUAACCACCACUCAUGUGACCAGCCAUUAACCCCGGGAUCAUUCGUGUAAACCUCCUCUGGACCCCUUCCAACACCAGCACAUCCCACAUCUUUCCUUCGAUGCGGGGCCCAAAACUGCUCACAACAUCCCAAAUGCAAUUUGACCAGAGCCUUAUACAACCUCAGCAGUACAUCUUUGCUCUAGAAAUGAAUGCUAAUGUUGCAUUUGCCUUCCUAACUGCAAACUGAACCUGCACAUUAACCUGGAGAAUCCUGAACGAGGACUCCCAAGCCCCUUUGUUCUUCAUAUUUCCAAAGCUUUUCCCCAUUUAGAAAAUGAUCUAUACCUCUAUUGUUCCUAUCCAAGUGCAUAACUGCACACUUUCCCACUUUGUAUUCCAUCUGCCACUUGUUUGCUUACUGACCUAGCCUGUCCAAAUUCAUCAGCCUCCCCACUUCCUCAACACUCCCUGUCCCUCCACCUAUGUUUGUGUAAUCUGCAAAUUUAGGAACAAUGCCCUCAGCUUCUUAGUCCAGAUUGUUAAUGUAUAACAUAACCAGUUAUGGCCUAACACUGACCCCCUGUGGAAUGCCACAAAUUACUAUCUGCCAUCCUGAAAAUGACCCCCUUCCCACUCUGCCUUCUGCUGUCAACCAAUCCUCUUUCCAUGCCAGUACCUUGCCCCUAACACCAUGGGCUCUUGUUUAGCAGCCUCCUGCACAGCACCUUGUCAAAAGGCCUUCUGGAAUGUGAGCAGGGUGCCCUCCAAUAUUCUGUCAAUCUUGCGUAGACUUCUCACAAUGUGAAAUACAAGUCAGGUGCAGUCUGAAGUCCAUGUUAGCUUUAUAAGUUGUCAUAAAUCAAUGAAUACUCGAACUUCAGUAGACAACCGACAUCCUUUCUCUCGCCUACCCUCGCACUAUGUGGCUUUUUUUUUAGCAAAAUGGUGCAGUAAGUGGGUCUUUGUAGCAAGGAAAUGGUUCUUGCGUCUGUAGUGGUUUUAAUGUAGUGAAAGGUACUAAGACAGUUCAUCGUUAAACACCACUUGAAACCAGGUCAAAAGUUAGCUUUUAAAGAAGGAAAGAGAGGUAGGAAUUUUGCGUUCAGUCAGCUAACUGCUAGGACGUACCUACUCGAGACUAACGCGAAUUUCGGAUGGGUACACAAUAAUAUAGAGCAAAAAGCAAGCUUAGAUUAACCACGAGUAAAUAAAGCUUCUCCUAGCGGAAUGAGACCGGCUUUAUUUCAUGUGUACGAUGAUGCCCAAAUAAAAGAAAAACAUUAAAGAAAUAUAGAAUAAAGAAUAGUUUCGGAAAUCUAUCGAUAAGUUUACACACCGUUCUCUGGCUGACGCUCUAUGUCUCUCGCUUUCCAACCUCAGCAAGUAAUGUGUAGCAGAUUAUUGAGCACAAUGGAAUCUUCCACAUUACAAAUGCACUGGCGUUGCUGCAACAUGUGUGGAAGGUUUGUAGAUGAUUGAUUGCCUUUCUUCAUGUGACCUGUUGAAAUUCCUUGAUACAAAACAUGUUUUCUUUUUGUGACGGGUGUAGUUUUCUUCCCCAUCCUUUUCCCCACUAAGAAAACACAUCCCACGUCCAGUAUGCACAGAAUUACCCGGCUGAAACUGGGAUACUGGUGUUGACUUUAAGCACCUUUAACUGCGGACCUGGGCUGAAGACAUAUUUCGGUUCAAUUCACCACCUACCUUCUCUUUUGAAUUGCCACUUAAGUGAGAUGGUGGGAAACAAAACUGGAUGACAAAGCUCGAUAAGUAUGAAUUGAGGAUGGUCAUCUUUAGUUGAUGCUCCUUUGUGACAUCUUAUUAUACUUGUACAAUGAGAGGCGGUUUACCCUCCAUUCCUGUACCUGAAAUACAUUCCGGGUGUUCAUCACCCUUUUUUAUGUGUGAAGAAUGUACUGAUAUCAUAACUCAUUCUGAGUUUAAACUGGUAUUCCUUUUCAUACUGUCGAAGCUUGACUUUUAAGAAAUUUUCUAAUAAUUAUUUUUACCUCUAUAAGAUGAUCUCUCAAUUACUUUUUUUUUUCUCCACAGUUGAUUGUAGAGUCCCUACUGUGUGGAAGCAGGCCGUUAGGCCUCUCAAGUCCACACCAAACCUCCAAAGAGCAUCCCAUCCAGUCCUACCCCCUACUGUGUAUUUCCCACCCUAGACACCAUGGGCAAUUUAGCAUAGCCCAUUCACCUAAGCUGCACAUCUUUGGAUAGUGGGAGGAAACCUGAGUGCCCAGAGGAAACCCAGGGAGAAUCUGCAAACUCCACACAGGAGGCUGGAAUCAAAUCUGGGUCCUUGGCACUGUGAGGCAGCAGUGCUAACCACUGAGCCACCAUGCUGCUCAAGCCUUGGCUUUGUCCAAUCUUGUAUCUCAAUCAUGCCUGCUCCAUUCACUUAUUUGGAGGUAACUCACCCAACUGAUAUCCAAUAUAUUCUAACCUUCAUAAUUUCUUACUCGGUCUCAAGGUUCACACUUGAUCCCUCUUUCAUUGGACUUAACCGAUAGUAUAUAAUGGGGAAUCUUGUUGAUUUGUUUUAUAAGUUUAGGCACAUCUUAUGCUUCCCAUAGUGGACUUGGGAUGUUAGCCCCUGCAGAUGGUCAGGUUGGCCAGGGAGAUCUUCCUCCUGAAUUCACCAGGCUAUUGCUAAACUAUAACAUGAGGGAGAGAAACAUGACAUGUAGGUCAAAGAUUUCCCAUUGAAGAUUACAAGAUCAAAAUAGACUUGUUUGUAGGAUAGAAAAGUUUAUUUUUAAAAAAUCAAUUUCAAACGUGUAUUACAAAUCUUUUUAACAAACUGGUGAUAGUGAUUGCAAUUCUUCAAAUGUUUGUUUUGCAGACAACAUUUAAAUAAUACUAUAGAAAGUAACUGAAAUGUUACAAAACAUUGCUGUUUACAGUGAGUAAACCUGAGACGACUGUAUAGACUUGCUAAUAUAGUUAUUGUAUUUACAUAAAACAAAAAUACUACUUCAACAAAAAUAUUGCAGUAUCUAUUCCAGCAAUCCAGUAUAGCUCUGUUUCAAAAAAAACUUUUUAAUCAGUUUCAGAACAAUCAUUCUGGAAAACCUUUCCUAAAAAGGGUGAAACUUUAAAAAAAGCCUCAAUGUUUCAGUACACUUACAGAUGCCAACAUUUGGAAAUUUGCCAAGGUCAAGCCAUGUCCAUUGGGAAGAAUUUGAGAAAAAAAACCAUAGUGAGACAUUUAAAAAUCCAUUAAAAUUAAUAGUAUGCUAUUUAAUUGGCCUAAUUAAGAAUGAAAGACAAGAUUAAAAACUAAGACGUUCUAGAUAUGUUUUAAUAUUUAGUGCUCUGUUAACUAUACUAAAGCACAUCAAAUUGCAAUAUGUUUGUUGCAAAAAAAAAGUCUCACUUGAAAUAGACUUCAGAGCUUAACAGGUUUGUAUUCUGUUUUUAUUUUAAACAAAGGAGGUUAAAAACAUUACCGUGGAAUGUUAGCCUCACUUAAAAUAAAUAUCUGACCCAGAAAUGUAAGCCUGUGGCUUUAAGCUUAGCAAAUAUAAUUAAUAAUCUCAUUGAGCACCCCAGGAGAUCAGUCUCUCAGGCUUUUUUUUUGUCAUACCCAUGGAAGUAAAUAUACAUAUCUUAAUGAUCUUGGUUGAAUUGUAUGAAAGUCUCUGGAGAAUCUAAGACUGAGCUGAACUUGGAAGCAAUCUCCUUACUCAUCAGGGAGUACUUAAUCUGAAAAGUUUAAUAAAUGCCCAAUUUUGGGCUGUGUAAAUGAGGGUAGGUUACAGGAAGGAGUUAAAAGUGACACUUGCAGGGGAAAAGGUCAUAUUAACAGUCCCUGUGGGAUACCACAUCACCAAGUCAGGAGUCCAUGUGAUGAUGAACUCAAGGGGAUUAUGUGAAAAAAGCAAAGAGAUGGUGAUCUUCAUAUGAAUUCUAAAGAUGACAGAUUUCCUCUCCAUUGUGUAAAAUCCCAUUAAUAUAUCCUUUUGAUUGUCUGAUAGGGUGUUGGUAGAGAUUAAAUCGUAGCAGUUGAACAGUUAAGGAGAUAAUUCAUAGCUCCCAAGAAAGAUUCCAUUGAGAAAGAAAGACUAGGAGAGGAAUGCACCAGCUGUGGCUAACUAAGAAAAUUAUAGAUGGUAUUAAAUUGAAAGAAAAGAUUUACAAUGCUGUGAAGAUUCCUUGUAAGUUAGAAGAUUGUAGAGCAUUUAGAAACCACCAAAGAAUGACUAAGAAAAUAUACACAGACAUUAGAACAUGAGAGAAAACUAGAAAGAAAUAUAAAAUACACAGUAAAAGCUUCUAUCAAGUAUGUAAAAAAGGAAAAGUGUAACUAAAGAAAAUAAAUAUUUCAGUCCCAUAAAGGAUGAGUCUUAGAAGCUCAAUAAAUGACUAAUUUUGGGCUAUGUUUUCUGGCAUAAGUUGCAGAGUGACACUUGGAUAGGGGCAAAGGGUUAGAGUUAGAAUUAAUACUUGGUGACAAGGUAAUGGGAGAGACUUGGAACAAGAACGUUGUGGGUGUAAUUACAAUAGAAGGUACAAAUAAGUAACCUAAUAAUGGUAGAAAAUCAAGAGGCAAAGGAAUGGAAGAAUGUAAAUUAAUUGUGAUCAAUAAAGAAAAAUAACUAGGAAAACAAUGCAACUAAAGGCUGACAAGUCCCAUAUCUCUGAUGCCGAUGGAUUUUGGGUCUUAAAAGAAAUGGCUACAGAGAUACUAAGUAAACCACAAAUGUAAUGCCUUAAGAAAGGAGGGAGUCCGAAUGCAGGAAACUUCAGCUUAACAUCUCUCAAUGGGAAAACAUUAGAGUCCAUUGUUAAGGAAGUAAUAGCAGGAUAUUUAGAAAAUCAUCAUAUAUUCAGGUAGAGUGAACAUUAUUUUGUGAAAAAUAAAUCAUGUUUGACAAAUGUA